CUGGACUUCAGCAGGACCUGCCUGGUUAGACGAAUCACUUUGUCAUCUCAACUGAGACCAUGGAACAGGAGGUGCCUAUGACCUCAGCCUCCCUUACACCUGCUGCAGCAAAACACGAGUCUGUGCUAGCCCACGACCCAUCAGUGGAACCUGGAGAUGGCAACAAAGAGCGCAUCCUGGCUGGGGCACGGGCCAGCAGCAAGAGAACCUCCUUGAAAAGUUCCAGUAGAACCUCCUGGAAGAUCUCCAAGAACCCUACAGAUAGCAGAACACCCAUGAGUUCUCCUCAAGUCAAAUCCCAGGCAUCCCCCUCUGCACAGCAUCUACAGACCAGAAGCUAUAGUAAACAGAGUCUCCGGGCCAAAACUCCUUCUGCAUGGCGUCAUCUCACCAGAGAAGAAGGAGAAGAAGGCCGGGAUGUCUCAGGUGCCAAGGAACCAGCAGUGGGGCAACAUCAAAGAGGGAGGUCAGGAAGUCUCCUACAUCUUGCAAAGUCUACCCAGAAGGAGGCAAAAAGUGUCCAAGCCUACUCAGAUGGCAAAGAACCAGUAGCAGGGCAACAUCGACCGCUGGGGCCCAGGAUGCCUGGAUCUCCCCGAAAGACCACCAAGACCAGCCACAAGGAAGCGAGGGAAUUCCGGAAUGGCUUAAGUGCAAAGGAAUCCUUAGCAUCAAUAGGGCAAGACGUGAAAGCAGAGGGGAAGCUCUUUCAGGAGAAUAAAAGCAGCAUAAUCCCAAUUAACAUCAAACACAAGUUCGGGAGCAGCAUCGUGGAUGAGCUCGUCACCGAGGAGCAGGCGCGUCGUGCUCUGUGUGAGGCUGGACUGAUCGAGGGGCAAAAACGACUCAGCAACCGGGCCCCUAAGACACCAGAGAAUCCCAUGGCCACCACAUCCUUUGCUGAUUAUUAUGAACUGGGAUACAACCUAAGGUCAAACAUCUUCCAAGGUGGCCCAAUAGAGAGUAAGAGCCUGAUGAAGGAUUCCUAUACCCCAGAUGUGAUUCAAAGGGCAGUCAGAGACCCCAAGCACUGGCAUGGAAGGAAAACCGAUGACCUAGGACGAUGGCACCAGAAAAAUGCCCUAAACCUUAACCUGCAAAAAGCUUUGGAGCAGAAAUACGGAGAGAAGACCAAAGGUACCAAAUCCUAGAAGGCAAAAGACAGAGAAGCAAAGCGCUCUCCGAAAGGGACCCUGCUCUCCCUAGCGCUAGAAUAAACCUCCGUGCAGCCUC